UUUUUAAUUUUUAUUUAAAAAAUUGAAUCAACAUUUGGAUGUAAUUAAAAAAAACAAUAUCAUCCGAUAAAGUCGAGCAAAACAGGGCUGGGAAAUAAGACUUUAGCCCAACUCCACUGCAGCCCUACUGACCCCGAGCCCCUGGAUCUUAAUGUCUAGACAACAGGCUUUGCUCGGAUAAAGCCAUGCUCCCAUCUCCAUCUCCACCACAAAAAACAUACAAGGCUUCGCUUCAAACUAGUGAUAAAACUUCUUUGUGUCUCAUGCCCUGCUAGCUUCCAUAAUUUUGAACCUUGUUUCAAAAUAUAGACAGAAAGUAUGAUUCUACACAUACCAGCUUCUGUAAAAGCUCCAUUGCUAUCCAGUCCUAGAAAGCUUCAAAAACUAACGAACACAAAAGCCAGGUUUUCACCAGGCAAGUUGUUUAUCAGAAGAAACCUUGUCAUAAGAGGAUGUAGUAGUAGCCAAGGAGAAGGAGAGAAGAAGACAGAAAGGAGAAGUUUCUUGACUCUAGAAGAAGCUGGGCUGGUUGAGAUAUCUGGGUUAAGCACUCACGAGAGGUUCCUCUGUCGAUUAACGAUAUCAUCUUUAAAUCUGCUAAGAGUAAUAUCAGAGCAAGAAGGAUGCUCGAUUGAGGAGCUGAAUGCAGGAAGGGUAUGUGACUGGUUUGUGAAGGAUAAACUGAAAAGAGAACAAAACUUAGAUUCUGCAGUUCUUCAAUGGGAUGAAUCUGAAUUCCCAAUUUAAGCUUAUGUUUCCAGGUUCAUUAUUCGAAAUGGGAGUUCAGAUCCUGGUCUGGGUCAUAAUCAGCUCAAACUAUUGCUAAUUAUCCUUCAUGAUCAAAGCUAUGUAUGAAAGCUUUUGUUUUUGGGCCUGGAUGGGUGUUGCGCAAUUGCCUGUUUUCUUGUAGCUGCCAUAGCCUGGUUCCUUGGAGGACCAAUCACUACCUUGAAUUGGGCCGUGACUUUGCUCAUCUCUGCUCCACAAAGUCAACAUUUUAUAACCAACUUGCAACCGCCAAAUUGAAUUUCCGCGUCAUUCCCACUAACAAUAUAUUCAUUAUUAUAUCCUUGAUUCAAAGAGAGUUACGCUAAUCCCAAAGUCUAGCAACAAAAACUAUAAUUUCCCUUCCAAGUCUUGGGUUCGACUAAGCUAUUGCUGUCUUCUCCUCCUUCUUCUCUUUCCCCGCUAAAUAAACAAAACCACCCAAUACGCGUGAAUGUAGAAUGUUGAAUCGUAAAUGGGCAUAAAAUUAAUCCCAGUACUAGUUGACGAAGUUUGGAAGAGGCGAAGACUUUCAGAUUGGGAAAAAUCCAAACUUUGUUGUUACAUCAUCUCGAGGAAACACACACAGUGUGGAAAAAGCCAACUUUAAUAUUUAAUAGGAGGAGGUGGAUGGGGGGGCCACGAGCACCAAAUUUCUUCGCACUCGCGCUCACAAUUUCCUCUCAAAUCUCUCAAAAGUGAAGUAGAUGUUAAUCACUUGAAAACUUUGUCAUUAAUCAAAACUAAUCCCACCAAAAGAAUCCAUUAAAUAAGAUGUUAAUCCAAUCCAAAAACGUCAUAAUCGACAAUACCCACCACCAUUUUCUCGUCGUCAACCCUGGGUGUAAGCUUUUAUUAGUAAUUUUUUUUGGCCCAAGUCGUCGUUCUCGUUCAACAUUGAUUUUCCCAGGAAAUUUAACAGAGGGGAGAUCGGU